UUGACCCGUGAAGUGAAGAUGAGUUUUUCUUUUCCUUCUCUUUUUUGAAUAAGAGUUAGCUGAGUGAGUAAAAUUCAUCUCAUUCAUUUCCCACUUCUCACUCAAAAUUCAAAAGUCAUUUUCUUUCAACUUUGCAUUGAAAGAAACCAAAAACCAAAACCAAAUCCAAAUUCCAUCUCUUCUCAAUUUCGAAAUCAAGAUUCUCUCACGCCUAUUAUUUAAAUGAUUUUCCAUAUCUAAACCAUUUGUAUAUUUAUAUAUCUUUCAUUUCUAAACUCUAGAGACUUGCAAGGAAUACUAUUCUUAAAAGUAAUACUAAUAAGUAAAUUGUGAAUUGCACAUGUUGGGUUCUCAAGGUUUGGUUCUAGCAACUGCCAUGGUUGUUUCAAGCACACUUCUUUUUCUAACUUUCUCAAAGCAAAAGUUUCAACUUUCCGGGAAUCAUGAUUCUGAACAAUCUUCUGAGAAAAUCCCACCUUCUUGUUUAAGCUCAGGUAAUGAUAAGGAAAAGAGGGAAAGAAAUAAGAAAAAGAAAGUGAAAUUUGCUGAGAAUGUGAAAGAGCCAAAAGGGAAUGGAGAAGAAUUCAGGAAUGGGUAUAAGAAGAGGAGAAGAAUAUUGGAAAUGAAUAAUAAUAAUUGCAGGAAUGAGAUUUCUGGGAUUCAAAAAACGCCUAACAAAAAUAAUAAUCGUAUAGCUCUGUACAACGGUAUCAUUAAGGAUCGUACACAAAGGCUCCAGUGUUCUUAUUGAUCACUUUCCAUAAUUUCUUCAUUUCUUUUUUUCUUUUUUUUUUUCAAUUAAAGAUUACCCACCAAAAAAAAUACCAAAAAAAAAAAAAAUCUUGGUUUCUGUGGUUGUAAAUAUUUUGUUCAACUCAUGGAUUUUUUUUUUUCCUUAAUGAGAAAGUUUGGUCAUGCCUUCAUUUUUUUUC